CCGCGUUUGGGCUGACGAGGCAGGUUUGGCGUGUUUGGUUUAGGGCUUGUUUACUCUGGAAGAUCCUCACGAGCCUCGCACCAAAGUUCACGAUUCAGACCCCCACCGGGGGCAUCUGAAGCUCCCGCAGCCACCGCCUCCGCCCGCCUCGCAGCGGCACCUGCUGAGUCCUUACUACAAGCCGGACGCGGUUCUGAGCAAGGGGGGCACCUACAGUCUCAGUCUUCACCGUCUUACAGACGAGCUCCGUCCGCGCCGGGAUGAAGCCGGGGCUCGGCUGGCUCGCCGCGACCCUCCUCCUGCAGGCCGCCCUGGGCGCGGGGCCCCAACCCGGAGGCCGGGCGGCCGCCCCGGGAUGGCGGCGGGCUGACAACGGGAGCGGCGGGGCCCCGCCCUUCCUGCCGGCCCGCUUCCACCAGGAGGACACCGUGACCGACGACCUCAUCCCGGAGGACGGGCGGGGGCGGGCCGGCGGGGAGGAGGAAGAGGAGGAGGAGGACUACCUGGACCUGGACAAGAUCCUCGGCGGCGACGGCGACGACGAAGACUACGCCGACGUCGUCGACGCCGCGCCCGAGGCGGACCCGGCGGGCGGGGCCGGGGGCGUCCUCCGCCUGUUCCAGGGCAAGACCCGGCUGCAGCGGCUCAACCUCCUCAACGCCCGCUUCGCCUUCCGGAUGUACCGGGCCCUGCGGGACGGCGCCAACGGCAGCGACAACUUGCUCCUGGCCCCCGUGGGCAUCUCCGCCGCCCUGAGCAUGGUGUCCCUGGGCCUGCGGGGCGGGACGCGGCGGCAGCUGCUGGGGCCGCUGGGCUUCGAGGACUUCGUCAACGCCAGCGACUCCUACGACGGCCGGACGGUCCACGGCCUCUUCCGGAAGCUGACCCACCGCCUGUUCCGCCGCGACUUCGGCUUCACGCUCCGGGCGGUCAACGACCUGUACGUGCGGAAGGGCCUCGCCCUCCGCGACGGCUUCCGGAGCCAGCUGAGGGAGUACUACUUCGCCGAGCCCCAGCCCGCCGACUUCGCCGACCCGGCCUUCGUCGCCGCCGCCAACCGCCGCGUCCGCGGGCUGACCAAGGGGCUGAUAAAGGAGGCCCUCGCCGACGUCGAUCCCGCCACCGUGAUGAUGAUUCUCAACUGCCUCUACUUCAAAGGGACCUGGGAGAACAAGUUCCCGGCCGAAAUGACGCACAAACGCAACUUCCGUCUCAACGAGCGCGAGGUGGUCAAGGUCCCCAUGAUGCAGACCAAGGGCAACUUCCUGGCCGCCAACGACCACGUCCUGGACUGCGACGUCCUGCGGCUCCCGUACGUGGGGAACAUCAGCAUGCUGGUCGUCGUCCCGCACAAGCUGGCCGGCAUGAGGGCCCUGGAGAGCCAGCUGACCCCCGGCGUGGUGGACGGCUGGAGGAGGAGCAUGACCAACAGAACGAGGGAGGUGCUGCUCCCCCGGUUCAGGCUGGAGAAGAAGUACGACCUCGUGGAAGCUCUCAGGUCCGUGGGCAUCACCGAUCUGUUCGACCAGAACGGGGAUUAUUCCGGAAUGACCGACGGAAAGAUCAUCAUCCAUCAGUUCAAGCACCAGAGCACCAUCACGGUGAACGAGGAGGGCACCCAGGCGGCGGCGGUGACCGCCGUGGGGUUCAUGCCCCUCUCCACCCAGGUCCGCUUCGUCGUCGACCGCCCCCUCCUCUUCCUCGUCUACGAGCACCGCACCGGCUGCCUGCUCUUCGUGGGCAGGGUGGCCGACCCCGGCCGGUCCUGACGGGCGAGGCCCGCCCCGGCCGGGCGGCUCCCGCCGGGCCACGGUCGCCCCUCCGUCGCCACCCGUCGCUCGGGGCCCCGGGGGAGGGGGAGGACGCCCCCCGCCCCAGGGGGCCGCGGGCGCCGGGGCCCGCCGCCGGAAGGCUUCCCGGCGAGCGCCCCCUCCGGGUCCUCCGACGCCCCGGGUCCGACCGAGUAAAGCACGUAGAACCCGA